GUGGGUGUAGUGCGUGCGAGUGUGCAGCGUUUCCGAGAGCUGCUGCGAAAAACCGGCGUGGCUUUGGAGUGCGCGCGAGGUUAGAUACGUGGUUUGUGCGACCGGAACGAGUGAUACAAAAGGAUCGGACACGCGUCGCUCAUAGUGGAGUAAUCAGGGGACCAUGAUGUCCCCCAUAAUCGGGGAAACGCUGCGUGUAUGGUUCCUCUCGGCGCUCGUCGUUCACGCAGCCGUCGCCGGGAAUCCGGACGCGAAGCGGCUCUACGACGAUCUACUGUCCAACUACAACAAGCUCGUGCGCCCUGUGGUGAACACCUCGGACGUGCUGCGUGUAUGCAUCAAGCUUAAGCUGUCGCAACUCAUCGAUGUAAACUUGAAGAACCAGAUCAUGACAACGAAUUUGUGGGUCGAACAGUCAUGGUACGACUACAAACUGCGAUGGGAGCCGAAGGAGUACGGAGGAGUUCAAAUGCUGCACGUGCCAUCCGAUCACAUAUGGCGGCCCGACAUAGUACUCUACAACAACGCGGACGGCAACUUCGAGGUGACCUUGGCCACGAAGGCCACAAUCUACCAUCAAGGAUUGGUCGAGUGGAAGCCGCCGGCCAUAUAUAAGUCAUCUUGCGAGAUCGACGUGGAGUACUUCCCCUUCGACGAGCAGACCUGCGUCCUCAAGUUCGGUUCGUGGACCUAUGACGGCUUCAAGGUCGACCUAAGACAUAUGGACGAGAAAUCCGGUAGCAACGUGGUCGAGGUGGGAGUCGAUCUGUCCGAAUUCUACAUGUCAGUGGAAUGGGAUAUUCUAGGAGUGCCUGCGGUUCGAAACGAGAAAUUUUAUACCUGCUGCGAUGAACCGUAUUUGGACAUCACGUUCAACAUCACAAUGAGGAGGAAGACUCUCUUCUACACGGUGAACAUCAUCAUUCCCUGCAUGGGGAUUUCAUUUCUCACCGUUCUCACGUUUUAUCUGCCCAGCGACAGCGGCGAAAAGGUAACGCUUUCUAUUUCGAUCCUCAUCAGUCUCCACGUGUUCUUCUUGCUGGUCGUCGAGAUCAUCCCGCCUACGUCACUAGUUGUGCCGCUGCUCGGGAAGUAUCUAAUAUUUGCCAUGAUACUUGUUUCGAUAAGUAUAUGCGUAACUGUGGUCGUCCUCAACGUCCACUUCCGUUCGCCGCAAACGCACAGAAUGGCACCUUGGGUGAAAAGAGUUUUUAUUCACAUUCUUCCUCGACUCUUGGUUAUGCGAAGACCUCAGUAUAAAUUUGAAACUAAUAGCAGGUACACUUCCGGCAGAGUGCUAAUGAGAGCCGUCAAAGGAAAAGAAAAGACUUGCUAUUAUCCUUACCACCCGUCGACUCAGGAAGAUAGCGAAGGACGUUUCACGCCUAAGAGAUUCCACAGCCGUCCUUCGUCAAAAGAAGACCUUUCGCCUUCCAGUCUUACAGACGGUGCGAGGUUUGGAGGUAGCUGCCUGAUUCACGGUCCUCCUCUGCCACCCCUGCAGCUGCACACCGAGUGCGAAGACUUUUCGGGUUCCGUGGACGUCGGGGUGGAAGAAGUCAAGAGUCCCGUGCUUCGAAGCCCGCCCGCCUUUUCGCAUUCUCGUUGCCCACCGGAACUGCACAGGUCCUGCAUCUGCGUGCGUUUUAUCGCCGAACACACCAAAAUGUUGGAGGACUCGACUAAGGUGAAGGAGGACUGGAAGUACGUGGCGAUGGUGCUGGACCGAUUGUUCCUUUGGAUCUUCACCCUGGCGGUACUGGUAGGCACCGCGGGCAUUAUUCUGCAAGCGCCGACCCUUUACGACGACCGAACGCCGAUCGACAAGAAGUUCAGUCAGUUCGCGACCACGACAGUGGUGUUGCCCCACCGAACAAACUAACACUCGGUGUCUUCCAAAUAAGGGCGCAUUGCUCACGCGAUUCGACCGACGACCCGAAGGAAUUCGGAAAGAAGGAGAGAGACACCUACGUACACCUAUUAUAAUACUGCUCAAGUAAAUCUUAAAUACGAGAAGCUGCCACUACUUAACCGAGUAAACAAAUCAUACCAGGCUGACGAGAACGUCGCGGUAAAAUACUGUAUAGUUAAUUAUAUAGUGUCUCGAAAACUGAGAGGAGGAGGAGGAGACGGUCAAGCUCCAGUCGUUCGCCCGAGCGCGUACAAGUAGCGAGCGUCAAGUAUCGUUCGAAUAAAAUUGUAAAAACAUUGGUUUUAAUAUCCUUUUUCAAUAUGAUAAAUAUAUAUAUAUACAUAUAUAUAUAUAUAUAUAUGAAAUAAAUUUGCAAUUGUCGCUCUUAAAAUUUAUAUCGAUAAACGAACUGUUGUUGCGACUUGAUACGACGCGAAGAUCUUUUCUUUUUUUAAGGGUAAAGAGAACAUGUUUUAUACAUUUUUCAAACGUAGCUUAAAACGGUAAUAUCUUCCCGUUAAUUAUCUAACGACGUUACAGGUGUGUCCGCAAAAUUCUUGCGACGACGCAACCAACAUGCGGGAAGCCGUAAUAAUGCCAACUGUGAACGAUACUUCGCUCGAGGAAACACCGCAUUUUGCAAGCAUACAUUUUGUAACUAGUAUUAUUAUAUAACGUAGGCCGCGGAAGCCGCUCGCACAUUACGCGAGUUAAUUAGAUUAUCACCGCAUAUAACUCUAGCUCAUCGUACACAGACUUAGAGGGUAACCUUACUCGAGGUGUAUAAUCAGAUAUACUUUUAGGUACGUACGCAUUUAUACACGAAUAUAUACGGGAUGUUUUUUAUGUACCGUUUCGAUUUUGUUUCACCGCCAUUUUUGAUUUGACUUGUUACUUAGAUCUGACUCUGGCAAUUUAUUAUUAAAAAAUUUGACACACCGCAACAACGUGUUGUUAAAACUUUUUUUAUCAAAAUGGAUCGCGAACACUCGAAGAAAAUUACGUGAUUUUAAAAUGUAGUCGAAAGAACACGCAUUUGCGCCGCAGCCAUUUGACCGAGCCAUCAUAUUUCAUCAUAUUUCACAACUAAUGCCAAGAAUUGAACAAAAGAUCUGAAAAAAAAGUAAUAAAAGAUAUUUUAUUUACGAAAUAUUCAUAAACGAAAUCAGAACGGUACAUAAAAAACAUCCGGUAUAAUAUAUGAACAAAAAAGUGGACGAGACGAUGGCGCGUCGGUGGCGCGAAGUAAUUAUAUACAUAUAUAUAU